UUGGAUGUCACAGAUGACGUGCCUGAAAGUCGCAAAUGCAAGAAGAGCAACUCUUCCUUCCCUGAAGUGACUCUUCUGGUGUCCCUGAGUGUCGGAAAAGCGGUGUUUGCGUGCGGAAAAUCGCCCGGAGAGUGCCAAGCGCGCGGUGCAGGGGUGCUGCUGAGCAGGGUGUCCUCGCGAGUGCUCAUCUAAUCGAAUUAGCGAUAAGUGCGUAUCUGGCGAGUGCUGUGCCGAGGCAGUGCGGAAAGGCGGUGAAUUGUAAGAGACUAAUUGGGCAGCGGUGGCGACCAUGUCACACCACAGCGACGAGCAGCUCCUCCAGGCCGGGAGCGACUCCUUCUGGGAGCCCGGGAACUACAAGAGGACGACCAAGAGGAUAGAGGAUGGCUACAAGCUCUGCACAGACCUCCAGACGCUGAUCCAGGAUCGCGCGGAGAUGGAGAAGGCGUACGCCAAGAGCCUCCGGACGUGGUCGAAGAAGUGGGGCGAUCUCAUUGAGAAAGGACCUGAAUAUGGCACCAUUGAGGCUGCAUGGAAGGGAAUACUCACUGAGGCUGAUCGCCUGUCGGAAGUGCAUCUGAAGAUCAAGGAGAAUUUGAUGGGUGACGUGAGCAAUCAGAUAAAAACAUGGCAGAAGGACAAUUAUCACAAAACUAUGAUUCAGAUCAAGGAGAGGAAGGAGAUGGAGGAGAUGUUCAAGAAGGCGCAGAAGCCGUGGGCAAAGCAUCUGGCCAAGGUGGAGAAGGCCAAGUCAGACUAUCAUUCGGCGUGCAAGACGGAGAAGACGGCAACAAAUCAAGAGCGGAAUGCCGGCGCCGAUAGCUCACUAUCUCCUGAUCAGUCUGACCCUAACGUGAAGAAGCUGCAGGAUCGUGUGCAGCGCACGAAGGACGAGGUGCAGAAGUGUCGGGAGAAGUACGAGCAGUCACUCAGUGAGAUUAACAAAUACAAUCCGAUCUACAUUGAGGACAUGACGUCGGUGUUUGAGAAGUGCCAACAGAUGGAGGAGACGCGCCUGCGAUUCUUCAAGCAGGUGCUCUUUGCCAUUCACAAGUCCCUCAACAUCUCGCAGGAGUCGAGCUUGCCGCAGAUCUACGAGGAGUUCUACCACACCAUCAACAAUGCCGACCAUCAGAAGGACCUCAAGUGGUGGUCCAACAAUCACGGUGUCAACAUGGCGAUGAACUGGCCAGCAUUUAUCGAGUACACUGAGGAAUUCCGUGACAUUGCCAAAGGGAACAAGUCCAAGGAAGCACUUCCGGCCGCACCAAUAACACUGAUCCAUCAGCGGCCCGUCGGCGAUGAUUUGCAUGAUUAUCCACCGCCGCCGAGUAGCAAAGGGAGUGUCAAUCGUACUUCGGUGAAUUUGAGCGUGAAGAAUUCCACAACAUCCCGAAAUUCCUCCAGCAUGGAUUCGCCCAAGUCGGAGAGCAAUGCGAAGAGCGAAGUGUCGCCGAGUCGUCAAUCAGCCACGAUUACAACCAAUGGAAAUGGAAAAGCGGAGCAGAAUCCGUUCGACGAGGAGGAGUGGGACGAAGGCGAUGCCGCUGACAAUGUGCUCGUGGACAAUGGCGAGCCUGGCGUUCCGGUGAAGGCGUUGUAUGACUAUGAGAGUGCAGAGAGUGAUGAGCUGACCUUCAAGCAAGGCGACGUCUUCGAGAAGCUGGAGGACGAGGACGAGCAGGGAUGGUGCAAAGGGAGGAAAAAUGGCAAAGUGGGUCUCUAUCCGGCCAACUAUGUCGAAGUGGUGGAAGGAUAAAUUGCGCGCAGAUCACUAAAAAAAAAAAAAUAAAUAAACCUCCUAGGAAAAAAAGAAAGAGAGAGAAAGGACGAGAGGAAGUGGAAUAUGAUUACUUGUUAAUUAUAUUAAGAAGAGAUACAUAAUCUAUUGCUAGACAUUUAUUUAACAAGAAGGAAAAGAGAGAUGAAAUGUGGUGAAAUGCGUGGUUUUUGAAGGAUAAAUUCUCAAUGUAUUUUAUUAUUUCUCCCUUUUUGUCUCUAUUUUUAUUUGCAUCGCGCACUAUGUUUUCUGUUCCGCAGGAGAGUCUGUAUAAAAAGGAUGUUAGAAUUUAAUGUUUCUUCGAUUGGUUAUUUGGAGAUUUUUAUGAGAAUUGAGUGUGUGAAGAUAAGAGAAUUCGUUGAGUCUUUUUUGUGGCGAAACACACUGAAUAUAUGUAUUCUUUUCCUUAAAACAUUAAAAAAAAAAAAUAUCAACACAAUUAUAAUCUUUACACGUAUAUUAUGUUCUCUGUAGUAUUAUAAUUUAUAUAUUGAUGUUUAAAUGGGAGAGAAAAAAGGCGAGGAGAAAUGUUUAAAUUUGUAUUACUUUGAAAUACCACACGUUUUAAUCUUAACAUGAUUUAAUUAUUAAAUUAAUUGCGAGAGGUUGACGAUGGAAUGUGAGAGUAAAACUUAUUCAAAAGCAACUAUCGAAAUAGCAACUAAAAAAAAACAA